AUGGUCAAACCAGUGAAGGUUCAAUACAUCGGAUGGGAGGAUGACUUUCGCUACGCCGAAGAGAAAUCUCGGAUCACAGAGCAUAUUCAAAAGAUUGCAGAAGAUAACGGAUUUUCCCAUGCCUUGGUACAAGACAUGAUCAUGAGAUACCGCUACAGAUCCCAAGGACCAUGGAUAGAUGUGCAUUUCAAGCGUGAGCAAUGGGUCACAAACGGAGUAGGGAAAUACGUGUUUACAAGAUUAUGGUUUAAUGAGGAUGGGGACCUCGACAAGGAUCCGGAGUUCUUCGAGGUAGAAAAUUGA